AUGACUGAAAUCUUCCUAACCUGGUUACGCCGUCCUGAGAACGAUCACCUCUACAAUCAUUUGUUGUCACUCCAGCCAGUACUAAUCGACGAGUUACAUUUGCGCAUGUCUCGAGCUGAUUCGGCUGUAUGCGGAAUUCCUAAGAAAGCGCUGGCAAAUGUUUUGGAUCGUCUAGGUGUCACGUUCUCACUACCGCAGCCACCUGGAGGACGGAAAGGAAUGCACAAAGUGGGGAGGAAAACGAGGAAAUAA